AUGUCUCUCCAAUCUAUCCGGUACAAGCGCGGGAUGCUGCAGGUCCUGGACCAGCUCCAGGUUCCUCACGUCGAGCGAUACAUCCCCGUUUCAACAGCAAAGGAAGGAUGGCAUGUUAUAAAGGAGAUGCAUGUCCGAGGCGCACCAGCUAUCGCUAUAGUCGCCGUCCUCUCCCUCUCGAUCGAGCUGACGGAGCUGAUGGACCAUGAGAAGCUGUCCGCCGAAGCAAACGAGGUCGAAGCAUUCAUACUAGAGAAGCUAGACUACUUGGUUACCAGUCGGCCUACGGCGGUGAACCUGAGCGAUGCGGCUAUCAAGCUGAAGGCGCUGGUGCAGAAGAGGAAGCAGAUCGGGGAUCCCAAGGGGAAAGACCUGGCAGAGGCGUAUGUCGAGGCUGCGGAGAAGAUGCUGAUUGACGAUGCCAUGGAUAACCACCGACUGGGAGAUUUUGGCGCUGCAUGGAUCAUGAAUAACACACCUGUUGGCAAGGACGGCAAGAAAGUCGGUGUCUUGACGCACUGCAACACAGGUUCUCUUGCAACAGCCGGGUAUGGAACAGCACUGGGAGUCAUCCGCUCCCUCCAUGCUUCAGACAAGCUCGAGCAUGCCUACUGUACCGAAACACGGCCGUACAACCAAGGCGCCAGACUCACAGCCUUUGAGCUGGUCCACGACAAGAUCCCCGCCACCCUGAUCACAGAUUCCAUGGCCGCCUCGCUACUCGCUCAGAAGGGAACAGGUCUCGCUGCCAUCGUGGUAGGAGCAGACCGAGUCGUCGCAAAUGGAGACACCGCCAACAAGAUCGGAACCUACCAAUUGGCCGUGCUCGCCAAAUAUCAUGGCGUAAAGUUCAUUGUCGCUGCGCCCCGAACGACCAUCGACCUGCGUACCAAGGAAGGAGAGGAUAUCAUAAUCGAGGAACGAGCAAAGUCCGAAGUCACCAGAAUCACAGGGCCACGUAUCAGUGAUCUCGGCAGGAAUGAGGAGAACAUCACCCUCGAGACCGUCAACAUUGCUGCUCCCGGGAUCGACGUCUGGAAUCCCGCCUUCGACGUCACACCCUAUGACCUGAUCGAUGCCAUUGUAACGGAAGUCGGAGUCGCAGAGAAGAACGCAGACGGGCUCUUCGAGCUGGAGAAACUGUUUGGUUUCCAAUAG